AUGUACGGUGGCGUUUUUUUAGGUUUAAUAGCACUGGUUUCUCCAGCAAUGAGUUCUUUGGAAGCGGAGGAUGCUUUGAAGGCAGUGAAACAGGAGAAUAUGGAACUACGUCGUAUGAUAGCUAUUGAACGGAUGAAAUCUUUGAAAGAAAGGGAAAAGCGGUUACAUUUAGAAGCCUGGUUUCGUAAUCAUCUACGACAUUGUAAAUCGAGGAUCGGAGAAUUGGAGACUGUUUAUGCAGCGUCUGCAGUUCAGACUGAACCAACAUUUACAGAGAAUGAGAACAGAAUUUCAACCGUAAACGCUGCAAAAAAUAAGAAAUCGGAGUUUAUAUCAGGGGCAGAAAUGCUUAGCGUUCCUUCUUGUUCACUUAGUGAUAAUCAUGAGCCAUCAGUUGCUGAAGGCUUAUUAGCUCGAAUUGACAGAGAGAUUCAGAGAAGCGAAAGGAGCAGAAACCAGUCAUUUCCAUCUCGAAUGACGUCCAUUGAUGACAGAGUUUUGAAUAGUAAGGAAUCUGAGAUAAGUAAAGAAUAUAUUCCCUCUACUGAAAACAUUUCAUUUGAACCUAUGAAUUUCAAGAAGAAAGGAUUAUAUUUCAUUGAUAUGAAUGGAGUAAUAAGUUGUGGCUCAGCUGUAAGCUCAAAGGCGGUUGACCGUAUGCGGACCUUCGUUAGACGGAGCCUCGCACGUCAGCGAAAGAUAAAAGAUGCUUCGUUGCUUCGGCAACAGAUUGCUUUAGAGAAGCGUAAUGUGGUUUCAAAAUUAAUUAGUGGGGAAGCAAGGCCAGAUGAUGCGCUUUUGUUAUUUGGCAAACCGCCAAUCUCCGCCUUCCCUUUAAACAGGAUUACUAGCGAAACUAGAGCGCGUUUUCAAAAAACCGCAGAAUACCGGACAAAUCAGGCAGCUCAACUUGAAAUUGCCAACCAGAAGUGGAACCGUUUACACGCUCUUUGCUUUAGUGAGGCUCUACGGCUACGUUCGGUUGUAGAUGGAUUCCAUCGAGAUUUUCGCACACAGCGUAAUUUGCCCAGCCGUAUAACGCAAAGCUCGACUAACACACGGAAAUGA